GGUCUUCAAGCGUCUGGAGUCGUGUCGUCUGCCCGUGCCGUCCGCAUCCACAAGCUUUAAACACGCUUUAAAUAUUGACUGUUUUCCUAGUUUCUCCUAUCGAUUUAUCUAGGUUAUUAUUUGAUAAUGUCAUGAGCUAACAAAGCUUCAAGGCGCAGAAUGCUGUCUAGAUCCUCGAGAACGCUUUUGCUGCUCUGGAAAGGGUUCAGCAACCAGCGUCAUGACUUGUUUGUAAAGCACGUGCAUCAGUUGUCCAGGGAGGACGUACCAACCAUCACCACUCCGGUCUACCUUCAGCACAAGCUGAAGAAGCUGAGGAAGAAGCUCGAGGCCAAGGACCUGGAGGAGAUUCGCCGGAAGACCAAACAGGGGAACAAGCAGCACCCCCUCAUCACCUGCAAGCGGCCAGAGUUCAACUGCUAUCUCGGCCACGUCCUCAACAAGCACGAUGAGGUGAAGCUGGCCUCGGCCGGCUGGCAUCACCGCAAGUCCGCGGGGGACCACUUCACCAUUCACAAGAUCACUGCGAACCCGUCCAUCCUCAUCCCCAAGGAAGAAGUAUACGAAGACGAAGAGAACAGCUUCGAAGCUCACGGGGUUCAUCCCGCUGUUCUUCGAGGGCUACAGGAAAUGGGCAUCCGGCAACCCACCUUAAUACAGAGGGAGGCGAUCCCAGCCAUCUUGCGUAAGAACAACAUCCUCUGUUCGGCGGAGACCGGCAGCGGCAAGACUUUGGCCUACCUGGUCCCCAUCCUGACAGCACUCCUGGGCAGGAGGGACGGUGCCACGGGCGGCGUCUCGGAGAAGACGGGCGCCCCCGAAGUUGUGAUACUGGCGCCGGGACGCGAGCUCGUCAACCAGAUCGGGGACGUGGCACAAAGGCUGUGCAGCCACGGCAACAUUCGUGUGGACAUACUUUCCGGCAGGAGAGCUGUAAAGCUGGGCUCGGAGCGGCUGGAGGUGGUGGUGUCCACCCCGGGGCUGCUGGCAAGCCUCGUUCGUCGGGGGAAAAUGGACCUGUCGCUGGUCCGGCAGGUGGUGGUGGACGAGGCGGACACGCUGCUGGAUGACUCCUUUUCCGACACAGUCACCGAGAUUCUUCAGGAUGCGCAGGUCCAAGACCUCAGGCAAGACAACUUCCAGGUCGGAGCGCAGCUCAUCCUGGUGGGCGCCACACUGCCCACGGAAAUCACGGACUCCCUGUCCGGCCUGGUGGACGAAGAGACGCUGGUGAACGUGACUACCCCACAGCUGCACAGGCUACUGCCCCACGUGCAGCACAAGUUCCUGCGUCUCAGGUCAAGCAGCAAGGCAGGUGCGCUGAUUGAGACAGUCAAGACGGACGCCAAUGCUGGGCGCCCGGUGAUGGUGUUCUCCAACGCAGCCCCUUCGUGCAAGUGGGUGGCGCACUUUCUGGCAGAGAACAACAUCUCCGUGACAAGCUUGCAUGGCGAUCUCCUUCUAAAGGACCGUCGUGAGAGCUACAAUCGCUUUUCGUCGGGAGAGGCCACCGUGCUUGCGUGCACCGAUCUCGGUUCUCGGGGUCUCGACACAACUCACGUGGAGCAUGUGGUGAACUUUGACUUCCCCCACCACAUGUCGGACUACAUCCACCGGUGUGGGCGUGUCGGUCGCGUCGGGAGCACCGUUGACACAUGCCGGGUCACCAACUUUGUCGUCACUCCUCCUCAGGUGGAUCUGGUGCAGAAGAUAGAGCGUGCCGCGCGCCAGACGAAAGCUCUGCCCCGCGUGGAUGCCAACAUUGCCCGCUUCCUGGACGAACGGAACCAAGCCAAGGAGCUCGAAGAGCUGGGUCGCAGGGAGCCCGGCACCCUGCGUGAGGACGGGCCAGAGGAGGAAGAACCGGCCAAGGACGCCUAGCGGUGCUCGGACCUCGUGACUCGCUGUUUAGGAUUGCCUUUGUAGAGAUAAAUUUUUACCUUUAACAUGGAA